AUGUCUAUUUUCAGCACAGAACGGAUUGUCUAUUCAGGCGCAAUGCCGCUUUGCGUUGACCGAGAGCGUCGUUCCAAUGCUGGGUCACGAAUGGCCAAGUUGUUGAACGAGGCGGAAGACGACGAAUUCUACACCAAUGUCUACGGAGGCUUUUCUGAGGAGGCUGAUGAUGUUGACUAUGAAUCCGAGAGUUCAGUAGAAGACAGCGUCGAUUCAGAUUUUGAUGAAUCCGGCGAAGAGGAGUCAGAUGAAGAAGCCUCUGAAGAAGACGAAGAUAAACCAAGGAAGAAACGUCGUACAGGAGAGUUAGUGACCAAAGCUUAUAAGGAACCGAAACGCUCCAGGCCUGAGACCACCGUAACCUCUGAACAAGCAGCUGAACGACGAUCCAGGAGCACCUCUCGAACCAAAGAAAGACAAACGCCCUUGUCCACGGAAAAUGACGCACAAUUUGGUCCAAGGGUACUCCGUCGGCGCUCCACUCAGCCAUCUGAAAGUGAGGGGGGAAACAAAAACAUCCGGCCAACAGUCAAUACUUCUACUGCUGUGCGUCGAGAGGCGAUGCUGGCCGAGAUCGCGCAACGAAAGAACGUCCCCGAGGUCAGACGUCUAACACAGGAGGAACUUCUAGCUGAGGCCAAAUUAACCGAGGAAAUAAACCGUCGUUCUUUGGCCCGAUAUCAACGAAUGGAGAUUGAGAAGAAGAAGGCCAUCUUUCGAAAAACCAAAGAAACCACACCUAUGGUCCGAUUUCAUUCGUUCACUGUUCCCUUGCUUGACGAUCAGCCUGAAAUAUACGGUGUAGUAGUCGAUCCAAAAAGUUCUGAAAUUCGCGGGGGACCAAUUGUGACGGAUCCAUCUGUAAGAUGCUGUCGAAAUCUGAUCACGUUUGCCGACACUGAUUGCCUUUUUGCAGCAUUCCCCAAAACGGCUACUCCGUUGCCCGACCCGACAAAUCCGGCUCCAGCUCCACCUCGGCCACGACGGAAAAUUCGCAUAUGUCCUAUCAGUGGCCUCCCCGCAAAGUAUCUAGAUCCAGUCACACUGACGCCAUAUGCUAACUUGGCCGCAUUUCGUGUUCUUCGCAGGUUGUAUCAAAUUCAUCUUGAAACAAACACUCCGGCUGUGGAUUUGCUUCGGGAGUAUCUUGAAGGACGUCAUCGCGAUUGA